AUGGAAGGGAGCCCCAUCCCGGUGCUGACGGUGCCCACCGUGCCCUACGAGGACCAGCGGCCGGCCGGCGGCGGGGGGCUGCGGCGGCCUACCGGCCUCUUCGAGGGCCAGCGCAACUACCUGCCCAACUUCAUCCAGAGCGUGCUGUCGUCCAUCGACCUGCGCGACCGCCAGGGCUGCACCAUGGUGGUGGGCAGCGACGGCAGGUACUUCAGCAGGACGGCCACCGAGAUCGUGGUGCAGAUGGCAGCGGCCAACGGGAUUGGACGACUGAUUAUUGGGCAGAAUGGCAUCUUGUCAACACCUGCUGUUUCCUGCAUUAUCAGGAAGAUCAAGGCAGCUGGUGGAAUUAUCUUAACAGCCAGCCAUUGCCCUGGAGGACCAGGGGGAGAGUUUGGAGUGAAGUUCAAUGUUGCCAAUGGAGGUCCUGCACCAGAUGUGGUCUCAGACAAAAUCUACCAGAUCAGCAAAACAAUCGAGGAAUAUGCCAUAUGCCCUGAUCUUCGAAUUGACCUAUCUCGGCUUGGAAGACAAGAAUUUGACCUGGAGAACAAAUUCAAGCCAUUUAGAGUGGAGAUAGUGGACCCAGUAGAUAUCUAUCUCAACCUCCUUCGGACCAUCUUUGACUUUAAUGCCAUCAAGAGUUUGCUGACAGGGCCCGGCCAACUGAAGAUCCGAGUUGACGCGAUGCACGGAGUCAUGGGACCCUAUGUGAGAAAAGUCCUGUGUGAUGAGCUGGGAGCUCCAGCCAAUUCCGCAAUAAACUGUGUCCCCUUGGAAGAUUUUGGAGGUCAGCCUCCUGACCCAAACUUGACGUAUGCAACAACGCUUCUGGAAGCUAUGAAAGGAGGAGAAUAUGGAUUUGGAGCUGCAUUUGAUGCUGAUGGGGACCGUUAUAUGAUCCUGGGCCGAAAUGGCUUCUUCGUGAGCCCUUCUGACUCACUGGCCAUCAUUGCUGCCAACCUCUCUUGCAUUCCGUAUUUCCGUCAGAUGGGGGUUCGAGGGUUUGGAAGGAGUAUGCCCACCAGCAUGGCCCUGGACAGAGUGGCCAAAUCAAUGAAGGUCCCUGUAUAUGAGACCCCAGCGGGAUGGAGAUUCUUCUCCAAUCUGAUGGACUCGGGACGGUGCUCUCUGUGUGGAGAAGAGAGCUUUGGCACUGGCUCUGAUCACCUCCGGGAAAAGGAUGGGCUCUGGGCUGUCUUGGUCUGGCUCUCCAUUCUGGCUGCCCGGAAGCAGAGUGUGGAGGAAAUCGUCCGAGAUCACUGGGCCAGAUUUGGUCGCCACUACUAUUGCAGGUUUGACUAUGAGGGGCUAGAGCCCAAGACGACGUAUUAUAUCAUGAGGGACCUGGAGGCCCUGGUCACGGAUAAGUCCUUCGUCGGCCAGCAGUUCGCUGUGGGCAACCACGUCUACAGUGUGGCAAAGACAGACUGCUUUGAAUAUGUGGACCCUGUGGAUGGCACGGUGACCAAGAAACAGGGCCUGAGGAUCAUUUUCUCAGAUGCGUCUCGGCUCAUCUUCCGGCUCAGUUCCUCUAGUGGCAUGAGGGCCACCAUCAGACUGUAUGCGGAGAGCUACGAGAGGGAUCCCAGCGGUCACGACCAGGAGCCCCAGGCCGUGCUGAGUCCUCUUAUAGCCAUCGCGCUGAAAAUAUCCCAGAUUCAUGAGAGAACUGGCCGGAGAGGACCCACUGUCAUCACCUGAAUGGAGGAAAGAUCAGUCACCAGGGCCAAAAGAGAGCCCUUGGCGGGAGACCCUUCACCCAUGCCUUCUUGCUACCUGUUUGUGCCUUUUAUGAUUUCAAACACACACACACACACACACACACACAC